CAAUUGGAAAAUAUUACCCACAAUGCAUAAACCACAACACGCUAGAAAAUGUCGAAGCGACACCGUAUAGACGUCGGCGACUCGUUGAAUAAACGAUCCAGAGAUGAUGAGAAAGAAAAGAAAGAUGAGAAGGCAUACAAGUCUGUGUUUGAACAGUUUGGGAUUGCCAAACCUACUAUACAGAUGAAUCCUUUCACAGGUUUACCCUACACACCUCGAUAUUUUGAACUUUUUAACAAGAGGAAGCUACUACCAGUGUGGGAAUACAAAGAAAAGUUCUGCGAAGUCCUAAACAACCAUCAGAUUCUUGUCCUUGUAGGUGAAACAGGCAGUGGGAAAACUACUCAGAUUCCUCAGUGGUGUUUAGAGUGGGUCCGAUGUCGAUAUCAGAAAAAGGGUGUGGCCUGCACACAGCCCAGGAGAGUGGCAGCCAUGUCCGUCUCACAGCGUGUGUCGGAGGAAAUGGAUGUGGGACUGGGUCAGGAAGUAGGAUAUAGCAUUCGAUUUGAAGACUGCACAUCCUCCAAAACUCUCCUUAAAUACAUGACAGAUGGUAUGUUGUUACGUGAGGCUAUGUCAGACCCCUUGUUGGAAGCUUAUGGUGUUGUCAUGCUGGAUGAGGCCCACGAGAGGACGUUAGCUACAGAUAUUCUUAUGGGACUCCUGAAAGAGGUGGCCAAACAGAGAGCCGAUUUGAAAAUCAUUGUCAUGAGUGCCACACUGGAUGCUGGUAAAUUUCAGAACUACUUUGACAAUGCUCCACUAAUGACCGUGCCAGGAAGAACACAUCCAGUGGAAAUUUUCUAUACUCCAGAGGCAGAAAGAGACUAUCUGGAAGCAGCCAUCCGAACUGUGGUCCAAAUACACAUGUGUGAGGAAGGGCCAGGCGACAUCCUUUUAUUCCUUACUGGACAAGAGGAAAUUGAUGAGGCCUGCAAACGACUACAGAGGGAAAUAGACAAUCUAGGUCCAGAGGUGGGAGACAUGAAAUGUAUACCACUGUAUUCCACAUUACCACCCAAUUUACAACAGAGAAUCUUUGAAGCCCCUCCCGCUGCCAAAGCUAAUGGUGCUGUCGGGAGGAAGGUCGUAGUCUCCACCAAUAUUGCAGAAACAUCACUUACAAUAGAUGGGGUUGUGUUUGUGAUUGAUCCGGGAUUUGCUAAACAGAAAGUGUAUAAUCCAAGGAUUCGAGUGGAAUCUCUAUUAGUUACAGCCAUCAGCAAGGCCAGUGCCCAGCAGAGGGCUGGUCGUGCUGGCCGAACAAAACCAGGGAAGUGUUUCAGGCUCUACACAGAAAAAGCUUACAAACAGGAAAUGCAGGACAAUACGUACCCAGAAAUCCUCAGGUCAAAUCUCGGCUCAGUAGUGCUACAGCUGAAGAAAUUAGGAAUUGAUGAUUUAGUUCAUUUCGACUUCAUGGACCCGCCAGCUCCUGAGACACUUAUGAGAGCCUUGGAAUUGUUGAACUACUUGGCUGCUUUGGAUGAUGAUGGAGAGCUUACUGAGUUAGGAUCCAUGAUGGCUGAGUUUCCCCUUGACCCACAGCUGGCGAAAAUGGUCAUCGCCAGCUGUGAUCACAGCUGUUCUAACGAGAUCUUGUCAAUCACAGCCAUGUUGUCAGUCCCACAGUGUUUUGUUCGACCCACGGAAAUGAAGAAAACUGCAGAUGAGGCCAAGAUGAGAUUUGCUCACAUUGACGGCGAUCAUCUUACCUUGUUAAAUGUCUACCAUGCAUUCAAGCAAUGCCAGGAGGACCCACAAUGGUGCUAUGACAACUUCGUGAACUACAGGUCCCUGAAGAGUGCGGACAAUGUGAGACAACAGCUAGCACGCAUCAUGGACAGGUUUAACCUCCGACGAUCCAGCACUGACUUCGCCAGCCGAGACUACUACCUAAACAUCCGAAAAGCCCUGGUGUCUGGAUUCUUUAUGCAGAUAGCCCACCUGGAGAGGACUGGCCACUACCUGACCGUCAAAGACAGUCAGGUGGUCCAGCUCCACCCCUCCACAUGUUUAGACCACAAACCUGAGUGGGUCUUGUAUAAUGAGUUUGUGCUGACCACCAAAAACUACAUCAGGACGGUCACCGACAUCAAACCAGAAUGGCUAAUAAAAGUUGCUCCACAAUACUAUGAUAUGACUAAUUUCCCAAUGUGUGAAGCCAAGCGACAAUUGGAACGCAUUAUUGCAAAGUUGGAAAGUAAGCAAUACCAAGAGGGAUUCUAACCAACUGCCAUGGUCACGCAGCUUUCAGCUUGUUACAAUAUAAUGUGUCGGUUGACUGAUUUUACAAACUGAGGAUAUCAUUUUCACAUGCAUUAUAGCAUCUUUUAAAAAUUGCAUUGGCUUAUUGUUUUUACUACAUCAAAAAAUAUCACAUUUCAUUGUGAGUGGUAAAGGCCAAGGAUAUAAAUGAUAUAUUCCAAUCUGGAAUCAUAAACCUCAUAAUUCUAAAGAACAACAGAACGUUGAAACAUUUUUUUUUUUCAUGCAGCAUAGCUUUCUUUUUUCUCAAGUAAAAGCAUUGUUAAACAAGAAAGAAAUGUUUUGACAUUAUUUUCAGUUUCAUAAAUGUAUUGUUGAUUUGUUGAUUCAUGUAUUUGUUGUAAACCAUCCAAGUCUGAGAAAAUGUACAAAAUAAAAAAGAAGUAUAGAACUUAAAA